AUGACCACGGUGACCCAGACACCAGAGAAGCUGGUGCUGAGAGAGAGUGUACAGCCCAUGCAGAAAGUCAGGGCUAAGGGUUUUUUGGAAGAGUUGAGGAGAGGAGAAGAGUUUGAGGACUGGGAGGACCAUGCUUUCAGAGGGACUCCUGACUCAAACAAACCACAGAGUGGGACUACUGAGAGCAUUCUGAGCAGCUGCAUCACUACAUGGUUUGGAAAUUGCACCGUCUCUGAUUGCAAGACACUGCAACAGAUAGUGAGGACAGCUGAGAAGAUCAUCGGAGUCUCUCUUCCCCCCGUCACGGACAUUUACACCACAUGCUGCAUCCACAAAGCCACCAGCAUUGUGGAUGACCCCACGCACCCCUCCCAUAAACUCCUCACCCUCCUGCCGACUGGCAAAAGGACUAGCUGUUUCAGAGGAACAGUGAGAGUGAGGGCUGCCAAAUGCCUGUGGAUGGACGUGGCUGUAACCUGGGCAGAGACAGGGCUGAGGGGCCAAAUUUCCACCAAAGAAUCUUUGAAAUUAACCGUGAAGUACAGAGAGACGAACACGUUGCGCUUCGCAAUCAGUACUAUCGCCUCUACCCGCAUCUCUAAGUACGCGCACGGUUUUCGUGAGAAAGGGCAGCUCUCUCAUCCUUACCGCUACAAAGAACAGCUAUUACCCUUAAUUAUGGAGAAAAAGAGCGAAAUUAACGGACACGCUGUGUCCAAAUGCUCGGUCUCCACAACCUCAGCUAAUGGCGAAAAGAGAAGCUUCAAAGAUAAAUUUGUGGUCUUUUUAAAAAGGAAUCUUCUAGUGAUUCUGACGGUGUCUGGGGUUCUUGUGGGCGUAGGGCUAGGAAUGUUGGUUCGGAGCAUGAACCUCACGAGAGCAGAAAUGACUUAUUUUGCCUUUCCCGGAGAGAUGUUGCUGAGGAUGCUGAAGAUGAUCAUCCUUCCUCUUGUUGUGUGCAGUUUGAUAUCUGGCGCCGCUAGCUUAGACACUCGUUCUUUGGGAAAACUGGGAGGAAUCGCCGUAUCAUACUUUUUGGUGACUACUCUCAUUGCCUCCGGAAUCGGGGUUGCCCUGGCAUUUAUUAUCAAGCCUGGUGUUGGUGCCGGAGCGCUGAACACGAACAAUUUGGCACUUGAAACCGUCAGCACCAACAAAGAAACCACCGAUUCGUUCUUAGACCUCGCAAGAAACCUGUUUCCAGCAAACCUGGUAGCUGCAGCUUUCCGCUCAUAUGCCACAGAUUACAAGAUGGUUGCCGUGGGCAAUAACUCGAACGGAACCCUCAUUUACCAGAAGGUUCCCAUAGGAACAGAGACAGAUGGGAUGAACAUACUGGGUCUGGUUCUGUUUGCCAUGGUGUUUGGAGUCGCUCUGAGGAAGCUGGGAGCUGAAGGCGAGGAACUCAUUCGCUUUUUCAAUGCCUUUAAUGAGGCCACAAUGGUGUUGGUAUCCUGGAUUAUGUGGUAUGUGCCGAUAGGAAUUAUGUUUCUGGUGGGGAGCAAGAUCGUUGAGAUGGAGGACGUGGUUUUACUGGUCACCAGUUUGGGGAAGUACAUUUUUGCUUCCAUCCUGGGUCAUAUAAUUCACGGAGGUAUCGUCUUACCCCUCAUCUACUUUGGGCUCACACGUAAAAAUCCCUUCAGCUUCCUCUCCGGCCUCAUCACACCCUUCACCACAGCAUUCGCUACCUGCUCCAGCUCAGCGACCCUGCCCUCUAUGAUGAAGUGCGUGGAGGAGAACAACGGCGUUGACAAGAGGAUCAGUCGUUUCAUUCUGCCCAUUGGUGCCACCGUCAACAUGGAUGGAGCAGCCAUUUUCCAGUGCAUCGCCGCUGUGUUUAUAGCACAGCUGAACAAUGCGGAACUCAACGCCGGACAGAUCUUUACCAUCCUAGUGACGGCCACUGCAUCCAGUGUGGGAGCGGCAGGAAUCCCGGCUGGAGGGAUUAUCACCAUUGCCAUCAUCCUGGAGGCCAUUGGUUUACCCACCAAUGACCUGUCACUUAUGUUGGCUGUUGACUGGAUUGUGGACCGGACCACUACGGUAGUGAAUGUGGAGGGCGAUGCACUUGGUGCAGGCAUCCUCCAUCACAUUAAUCAACAAGAGAUGAAGAAACAAAAGCUGCAGCAGCAGGGAGAUGAGCAGGAGCUGAUGGAGGUGAAGGUGGAGGCAGUGGCAAACGUUCAGGCAGAGGAGGAAACCUCUCCUCUCGUUACACAUCAGACCCUGGCUGACCAAUCAUCACGCGAGACUCUGGAGGAGAAAGAGGGGAUUGAAUCUGUGCUGUGA